CCUAUGUCCGUGACAUUUACUAACACUUACUGUCGUAGUUAAUUUAUUACGCCACGAGCAGCCACGAGGAAUUGUGAGGGAUACUUGCGUAAAGAAGUAUAAAGGGUGUAGAGCGAUGCGGUUAUUAUGUUUAAAUAUUUUUAUUACUAUUGUUAGCGAAUGUCAGUAAGGAUUCCUAAUUAAAAGUGAAAUGUCGACCACAAAGGAAUUCUUUCUUUCUGUUACUCAACGUAUCUUUAGUAAUUGGACCGCAUUAAAAAUGGCAGUGGAACAUGGAAUGGGAUUAAAAGAAAGAGCGGUAGACUUGUGUCCGUAUAUGACGGAGGUUAUGUACAUGAAUGAGAGUCUGAAUAGCAACGAAGUUGCUAAUGAACUGGAAGACUACUUGGAUGAACAUUUUAAUACAGAACUGGAAGAUGACAGUGCAGUGCAAGUUGCAGAGGAAUUGCUGAGAUUCUAUCGGUAUUGCUGUGAAAAUAACGAGAGUAUAGCAGUGGCAGAGUUUGAGAAGUUGCCACCAUUGCAAUCGUGGCUUACAGCAAAUGAACCUCAGAGAAGAAUCCAAAAUUUAUCCAUUGUGGAGAAUGAUACUUCCAGUGGAGAAGAAGAGACGUCACAGGAUACCGAGGUUGUAAGCCAGUGGACAGAAGUGAAAUCUAGGCGGAAAAGAUAACUAGGACUAGAUAUUUGAAAUGACUUCUUUUAUUUUUUUUUUUAUAAAUGAACAUAUAAACAACUGUUUUACAGUACAAGUGCAUUAUUUUUGCGAAUGUAGUUUAUAUGCUAGGACUUUGUAACCAAAAUACUUAUCUAAGCAGUCUUUUAGAUACAGCCAAAUUUUAUUUGGCAGUUUCAGUUUCUGUAUCUAAAAGAAGGAAAGGAAAGAAAUUGUUAAAAUAUGUAAAAUCGUAUUAAUAAAACAUUUUUUUGGA